AUGGCCUCCGAAUCGGAUGAUGCUGCCUCCUAUGCCGCCACUUCCCCAGAGGACGUGGAAGAAGCUCUAGAGGCGGCGGAAGCUGCAGAGCAGCUCGCCCAGACCAACGGCGAUACUAAGGGUGAGGCCUGUGCUGCGCACACCAUCGCGCUUCUGAAGUUCCGGCUGGAGGACUUCGAGGAGGCUUUGGCCGCAGGGCAGCGAAGUUGCGGCCUCUUCCGAGAGCUAAAGUUGGAGCACCUGGAGGCCCGGGCUCGUGCAGGCCUUGCCGAUGCGGCUUUGAGGCGUCGCCCUCCGGCAGAGGCUGAGGGCAAGCGCUUCGUCGACGAGGCCGUGGACUUAGCCGAGGGGGCGCUUCAGACUUUCGAGAGGCUCGAUGAUUCCUCAGGUAGGGCCCUGGCUCUGGACCUGAAGGUUCGCGCCUGGAUGGCAAGGGGGGAUCACGCCCGAGCGCAGGAAGCCCUGGAGCAGGCCUUAGAGUCGGCCAGGGGCCGCGAGGACAAGGUCGCCGAAGCUGCAGCACUUCAGUCGCUGGUGAACGUUCAUCUUGCCCGGAAAGCUGCCACUGCCGCGAUCGAAUGUGCGCAGGAGGCUGCCAAAGUGCAGGAGAUGCUUGGGAACCAAGUAACAGAGGCUGGUGCCUGGCACCUCGCGGCGCAACUCCUCCUGAAGGCAUCGAAUGCCUCUGAGGCCCUUCGCUGUGCCCAGGCGGCACGGCGCGUGCACAAAGGUUGCAGUGUGAGUGCUGCCGAAGAGGCCACGGUCCUCCAGACGCUAUCCGCGGCCCACUUGGCCAAUGGCGAUGCGACCAAAGCCCUGGAGGUGGCCAACGCAGGCCGCGAGCUCUGCAAGCAGGAAGCAGCCGAGGGCGGCGAAGCGCUCUGCGCCCUCCGCGCCGCCAGCCUGGGGCUUAAGUGGGAAGUUGGAAGAGCCUCUAGGCACCGUGCGUUCGAGGGCGAGUGUGGGAUCAAGGGCGUGGAAUAUCACACUCGUGACAGCACCUUGGACCUCCCCCUCUCCACUCUCAUUGCCAAGACUGAAAUGAUGGGGCAGUCGCAGUCCCCAAGCCGUGGCCUGGCACUCCAGGCGGAGCCCAAGCCCGCCUUCAAAGGCGACAAGCCCAAGCAUCCCAUCCUGGACAGCGGCUGCAGCGAGCUCAUGCAGGCAGCCUACAAGGGAGACACCAAGAAGGUGAAGGCUCUCGUCGACGGGGGUGCAGACGUGAACCAGCAAGAUGCCUAUGGCUGGACGGCUGUUCGUUACGCUGUCAGGAACAGGCAACUCAAGAGCACCCAGACCCUUCUGGAUCUGGGGGCCGACGUGAACAUCGCAUCCAAGACGGGAAGGACUCCCCUGAUGUCCGCGGCCGGGAAUGGCCUGGAGGAGCUUUGCAAGCUGCUGGUGGAGCAGGGGGAUGCAGACAUCAUGGCCGCAGAUGAGGGUGGCAAGACUGCCUACGACCUGGCCCUGAGGACUGGGCCUCUGGGCAGCGACCUCAUCCGCGACCUCGUUGCAGGUGGGCAGACACCCGGUGCCGGCGAGGAAGGCUGGAAGAGGAACCCAGGUGCCUUCUUGCAGCUUGGAGACCUGGAAGCGGCUCUCAGUGCUGCAUCGGAUGCUCAGGAGCUCUUCAGGGAGGUCUCUGACCAGCGAGCCGAGGCCAGUGCGGCCCACCUGGUCGCGAGGAUCCACUUCCUUCGCCAGGACUACUCCGCAGCUCGCCUUGCUGCAGACACGGCGAGAGCUUUGCUGCGGCAAACUUGCGAGCUUGGCCGCGAGGCUGGCAUGCUCCUCCUGUCUUCGCAGGCCGGCAGCUUGGAGUUGGCCGCUGGCUCCCAGCCCGGUGGCGGCAAGGCAGCCAGGAGCUUCUUCGAGGGGCGCGGGCGACAGAAGGUUCUGGCGACAUCCAAGGAGGCCGUGGCCCUUUCAAAGAGGCUCAGCAGCCACUUGGCGGCGAUUUCGCGCCUCAGUGACGCGCGGGCCAAGGUCUCCAAUGGCCUGCUGGACGAGGCUUCCCAGGAUCUGCAGGAGGUUCUUCCGACUUUCGAAGGAGGAGACCAGAGAGCUCUGGGGGCCACCAAGCUGCUGCAGGCCAACAUCUCUAUUCUCCGCGGCAUGCCGGAGGUUGCCAUCGCCAAGGAGGCCUUGGAGUGUCUCCGGACCGGCAACAGCCACGAGCUGGCGCUGGCGCAGGCCCUGGUCGCCAAGAUGAGCCGGGCUGUGCCGCAGGCGACAAGGGCCGCCCAACCGCAGGCACAGACGCAGGUUCCGGGAAGCGGCACAGCACCGGGCACCGCGGCAGUGGCCCCAAAGCCGGCUCAAAUCGACAAGAUGGCUCUGGCUCUGCCGGAGCGCGUGAAGUACACGCUCACCGAGCUCGUGGCCGAAGCCAUCGGCCAAGAGGGCAUGGAAGAGGACCGCACCUUGAUGGAGACGGGCAUGACCAGCAUCGCCAGCAUCAUGCUCCGUGACAAGAUCCAGGCAGAGUUUCCGGAGAUCCCGGAGAUGGAUCUUACCUUCGUGUUCGACUUCCCCACUAUUCGCGAGAUGACCGGCUUCGUCCUGACGCAGCUUCCAAACGAUGCCUGA